GUGGCUUUACAACUCAGCAAACAACCAAAGGACUAAAACAUCAACUGGAUACUUUUUAUGCCUGUUUUUCUUGUAAAACUCUGACUUUCCAGCCUGCCCUGAAGACUUAAGGACUUUGUUUGGAGUCUGUUUUGUACUGUUUAUUCUCACCCCUUCUGGAGGAAUUUCCAGAUGUAUUCAUGACGUGAACCUUCAGACAGCCAUCCAGUCAUGGCGCUGUGGUGGUGUGCCAACAUCUGCAGGUUGGCCACAACAUGGUUUCCCCUGCUCAUCUCAUCACUGCUAUGGCAAAUGAUCCCCCCCAUACAUGCCAUCCCAUCCUGCCCACGGAGCUGUAGCUGUCCGGGUGUUAAAGAGGUCCACUGUACGUUCAGACACCUCACCGCCAUACCAAAAACCUUCCCAAAAGACACAGAGAGGCUCAACCUCGGAUAUAACAGCCUGACUGAAGUGGAGGGGUCAGAAUUCAGGUCACUACGGCAACUGGAAAUGCUCAUGUUGCAUGGCAAUGACAUUAGCACAGUCCACCCUGGGGCGUUUUACAGCCUGAGAUCACUACAGAUCUUGAAGUUAAGUUACAACAAGAUAACAUCAGUGAACCCUGGUCUGUUUGAGGGCCUUGUUGGUUUGAUACGUCUCCAUCUGGACCACAACCACAUUGACUUCAUAGAGCCAUACUCCUUCUCUGGCCUGACCUCACUAAAACUCCUGCAGCUGGAAGGGAACCUUCUCAAAGAAAUCCACCCUCAUACCUUCAUAACGGUGUCACUCCUAGGAAGCUUUUGGACUUCUGGACUAAAACACUUACACCUAUCAGACAAUCUGUUGGAGCAGCUCCCUGCCGCAGCACUAAAGACAGCUCCCAGGCUGGAGCUCCUCUCUCUACAUGGUAAUCCUUGGACCUGUGACUGUCAACUCCACUGGCUGGUAGAAUGGAGCUCCACACAUGAAGGUGUAAUAAAGUGCAAGAAGGAACGUGGCUCCAGUGAGAUCUGCCCCGAGUGCGCCUCUCCUCAGCCCCUGAAUGGGACCCAGUUGCUAGGAUUGACUCCGGACAAGCUUCCCUGUGAGCGACCAGCUCUUCGCUCUACCCUUAAACAGUGGGACAAUCCAGUGUGGGCUGAAUCUGAAGCAGAGCCUGACCUCCCAUACACCCGUGACUUUGAGAAGCCUUUAGGGCAUCUAACCGUCGUUCUUUCCGACAGCCAUGGGAACAGUGCUCACGUGGCAUGUGACGUGCGACACCCUGGAGACGAUUCCCCCAUGACUUGGACAGUAAAUCCACAAUCACCUGGGGAGUUGUCUGUCAAUGUUUCCCUGGCGACUGUCCUGGAGUGUGAGAUUGAUCGGGAGAAGUUGCAAAAUCUAUGGCAACUGGUUGCAUAUUACUAUGAAAGUCCUGCUAUCUUGGAAAGAGGUCAACAGAGAGGAAAUGCAAGCAGAGUAACCUAUCAAUAUGUCCAAGCUGUAAAUGAAAAUUCCCCAUAUUUCACAGAAUUAAAAGGGUAUUUGGUGGCAGAACCCUCGUGGCUGCUUCAACCCAGAGUUACUUUAAGGCUAAACAGGCAGCAGACAACAACCAAGAAACUGGUAAUGGAUUUCACUACUGUAAUUACCAAGCAACUCAAUAGCCAUAGGGGGGCAGAAGAUGACGACCUCACUGUGUCCUGGGCUUUAAUCCACAGAGGGACAGCGGGGCGGAUUCGGACUGCUCUCGAGGGUUCAAAGGUUAACUUGGAGUGCAGUGUUGUCACGUCAAAUCCGGAGGUGAAAGUAGAGUGGAUGCUUCCAGAUUUGGCCAUUGUGGAAGAUGGAACUGACAAAAUUGAAAUUUCUGAGAAAGGAGAACUUGUGAUUUUAAAUGCUACACUGUCUGACUCGGGCCUUUACCACUGUAUGAUCAGGACCAAAGCUGGUGUGGACUUGAUGCCAAUUAGGCUCACCAUCAAAGAACUCUCACUCAGCCCCACUGCUUUCAAUGGUCAGAAACUCAUAGUUGAAAAGGGACACUCUUUUUCUCUCCCUUGUGAGGUGACAUCAGUCCAACCCAGUCAAACCAUGUGGUACCUACCCAAAAACCAAAUUCUCCUCCCCACGCAACGGACAAGACGGACAGAGGUGAUGGAAAAUGGGACUUUGGUGGUAAGGAGGUUAACACAAGAAGAUGCAGGGGAAUACACCUGCUUGGCCUCAAAUCUGUAUGGAGUUGAUAUGCUUUCACACAUGGUGGAAGUCACAGGAGAAAAGGCAUCUGAUAAGUCCAAAGUACAGACUACGAAAGAGCAGCAGAUCUUGCCAGUUGGCGUGGAGGAUGGAGAGGGUUCAGGGGGAGAUUACCAGGAAAUUAUACGACCUUUUGCUACUCAGUUCCCUAAGAAGGUAGGAACACAGCAAAGGAAUUCUAAUGAGUUUUCAAAAAGGAUAAGAAUAAAAGAGUCAAAGAGAAAGCCCAAUAAAUCUGUUAAAGAAUUAGAUCCGAAUCGUUGGGCAGAGAUAUUGGCUAAAGCUAAUGCUAAACCGAAUGUUGCCCUGCCCACAGAGCAGUCACUAUCAGAACCCAGCACUGUAGCCAUCCAAACAAGCACUCCAGAAUCUACUACUACAACUCCUACUACAAUUCCGACUACUACUAACAACUUACCACUAAUUAAUGCCCCACACGAUAUUAGUACAAGGCCUCCAUACUUCCCCAUUAACACAAAGGCUAAGACAGAGGCCUCCUCUCCAGAGAAGAAAGGGGAUAAUUCUAAAACACUGGAAAAUCUGCCAAAGGUUUUACACCCUCCAACUCCCAGAGGUACAGAACCAACCCAAAACCAUUUGGAUGGGAUCGCAGAACAAGCAGAGGCUAUCACAGACCCUCCUGCUGUUAAAACUCCACAGCCAGUUGAUCAGUUGGAAAAUAAGUCCUCUGAAGAGGGAAGACGAAACAACAAAUAUCUUCAUGGUCAGUCAAACAGGAGAAGGCCGCCUUAUAGACGUAGAAAACCCCCAGUGAGGAGAGUCAGACCGCAUGGACACCCCUUCUACAAUUCAUCAAACAAGCCCCAAACAACUGUUCCCCCAACAACAACCACCCCCACUACUACUACCACCACCACCACUACUACUACUACUACUACUACUACUACCACUACUACUACCACUACUACAACUACACCUGUUCCAACCACAGUGGAAAACCAUGAAACCUUAUCUGCAGAGUAUCAGACAGAGGAAGAUGAAGGUGAUUACUAUGAUGAAUAUAAUUACAAGGAUAGUGGUACCAUGGAUGCCAAGGAAGAGAUAAACACUGAAACCCCCUAUACCACUCAUGAUAUUUACAAUACUUUGACCAUAAUUCCAUCAGCCAGAGAAACAGAUGUAGGUAUCUCUCCACCUGAUCCUAAGACGAUUGUCACUCCAAAGCUCAAUAGUACCCCUCAUCCAACUGAAAGGACCAUUGAAGAAAAGAAGGACAACAUUGUAAACCUAAAGGAAUCUGAAAAUCAGAGUGAGGAAAUAAGAACACAAACUGAAGAAAAUGGCAGAAACAAGCAAGAUCUUGCAGGAGAGAGUGAGAGAAAUAUAACAGCAAUGGAAAGUCAAGAAACACACAAAACAGAUACAGAGGGCAGUGAGAAAGAUACAGAGAAAUCCAAAAAGGAGAGACUGGAUAGCAUCCGGUUAACAACACAAAACAGAACAAGACCUAACACUCAACCUUCACCAGAACAAAACACACCAACCCAAGCAAGAACUUCAUCUUCUAAGGUCAUUAAUUCACAUUCAACAAGAGGCAGAACAAAAGAAGAUGUCACACAGACAGAGGAUAAAGAUGUAGACAAGCCAAACACGAAGCCUGAGCUCCACAGUUUCCCAGAGCCGGUUCACCCCUGGCUCCAUCAGAACAGACAGGGAGGAGGGCAAACUACAACUCCCAGGACGACACAUACUAAUCAAAAUAGAAAUAUAGGAAGUCAAGGGGAAGUGAAUCCAGGCAGACAUUCCCAGGUUCCCAGAGUCCCCCCGACCUCCCGCUGGCCAUCUCACCAUCAUUACCAUCAUUACUACCCCCUCUACCCUUCCUGGCCAGGUCAAAGGUCAUUUUCUCAUCCAAGGCAAGGUCCUGGGUCAAACCCUGUGCCCACGCAUAGACCCUGGCCUCUCCCUCACCCCUGGGCUCAAAUCCCAGUUGUCACCAACCGACCAGAGAUCACAGCUGAAACAGUGAAGCCCACACCUACAGUGUCUGGAACAACAGGAAACUCCAGAGUGACACUCUCUAACCUUCAUCUGUCACAUCAUCGCCAUCAUCAAAAUCAUCAUGUGAAUGGCAGGACCCAAACCAGAGACCAACUGUUUCUAUCAAGGCUGAGAAACAGAUAUAGACAGGCGCAACUUGAUCGUAUCGCUCAGCUGGGAAGGAUAGUAACACCCAAACCUCGCAUUAGUUACCAAAAUCCUCCAUCCCUCAUUACACCUAAACCCCAAGCUCUGCCUCCAAAUAAACCCUACACCCCCAAACCACCAGCACCCACUGUUUCUGACACUUACAAUCUGCAACCUCCAAACUUUGCUAAACAUUCAUCAUCAUCAUUCUCUGGUUUCAUCCCGACCCCUCGUCCUUACCACCCUACCACCCCUGGGGUUCUGUAUGAAGGUCGGUGGCCUGUUGGAGCAGGACGAAUCAGCUCUCGGCGGCCCACAGCCGCACCUCCUUUCCCAUGGGUGUGGGGCGCUGGAAGUGGUGGGCAGAAGCCCCGUAUUAGCACAGUAACCACAGCUAGUGUGUCAGUACUAGCGGAAAGUGAUGUGUUCCUGCCUUGCAAAGCAGCAGGGAACCCUGAACCAAACAUUGCAUGGACCAAAGUCUCCACAGGGGCCACUAUCCCAGCCAACACCAAGCAUGGUCCCCGUUUUGAAGUCUUCAAAAAUGGAACGUUUGUUAUUAAGAACAUUCAGCUUCAGGAUAGAGGCCAGUACCUCUGCACGGCCCAGAACAGCUUUGGAUCUGAUCGCAUGGUCAUCACCUUAGCUGUCCAGACUCAGGCACCCAAUAUCCAGCUGCCUGAGUCCACAGAGAUCGCAGCCUACUUAGGAAAAAAUGUGUCUCUUGACUGCCUUGCUUCAGGAAAACCGCCUGCCCAAAUUUCCUGGAUCCUUCCCGACAGGACGUUUAUACGUGAAGUCGGGACUGUUCACUCUCCCCUUUCACCAAUAUCUCUUCUUCAAAAUGGAACCCUUCAAAUUCACUCUCUUAAUUUCUCCAGCAAAGGGGACUAUAAAUGUAUCGCAAGCAAUGCAGCGGGUGCUGAUACAAUAACUUAUCAUCUGCAUGUAGCAGCUCUGCCUCCAAGCAUCAGUGAAGGAGCGACUGAUACUGUGGUCAUUCAGCCAGGCAGGAGUGUGUAUAUCCACUGCUCUGUGAAGGGCGAACCAGUGCCUGCUGUGAAAUGGACACUCCCAGCAGGCGUCCAUGUCAAGCCAUCACAGUUUCUUGGACGCAGGCUCUUUGUUUUCCCCAAUGGGACGCUGUAUGUGAAGAGUAUUUCGCCAGCUGAUGCUGGGAGGUACGAGUGUCUGGCCACUAAUGCUGUGGGCAUUGCCAAAAGAACUGUGCAGUUGGAGAUGAGGGCAGAUUCCCCCUCCAUCUCCCACCAGCCUCCUCCUCUCCCUGUCCCUCCAACCCACCACCAUGGAGUGCCAUCCCGAAAGCACUCUGUCACAGCUAUGUAUGGUUCUGCUGUCUACCUCCACUGUCCAGAAUCUAUCGGAUCAGCAAGAGGGACCAUCUGGCAGCUACCAUCCAAGACCAUCAUGGAACAUCGAUACAGGUAACUUACUUUUAUAAAUUCCGAGAGACCAAUUAAAGUUUUCCAUAAUGGGACUCUGAGGAUACUUCAGCUAACAGAGCUAGAUGGUGGAAAUUAUCUGUGUGUCUUUCGGCCCAAUGGGGAGGACAUGGAGCUCUUCCAGUUGGAGGUGUUAAUGACCCCUCCCAGAAUUGAGCAUGUGAGGACUGCACAGACCAGGGUCACCUUUGGAGAAAACUUCCAGGUGGACUGUGUUGCAACAGGCCUCCCUGACCCUGAAGUUACCUGGAGUCUACCAGAUGGAACUUUAAUCAACAAUGCCCUUCAGUCGGAUGACAGUGGCCUUCGCAACCGCCGCUAUGUUAUUUUUGGCAAUGGAACUUUACUUCUCCAGCAAAUGGGCAAAAAAGACGAGGGUGACUACACUUGUUAUGCCAAGAACAAACUCGGCAAGGAUGAAAGAAAAGUUAGUGUCAAAGUGGAACCGAAUGCUCCAAAAAUUAGAUUUAAAUCACAAUCACUUAUUACAGUAAAGCUGGGAGAGUCGGCUAAAUUGAGUUGCCAGGCAACAGGUGACCCUACACCAAAAAUCAUGUGGAUCUCACCAAGAAAUAAUGUGAUAUCGGUGUCAUCAGACAAGUUUCAGAUCAUGGACGAUGGCAUGUUAGUAGUGAAUAAAGUAAUAUUGGCUGAUGAAGGGAAAUACGCAUGUGUGGCACGGAAUUCUGCUGGUGAUGAUGUUAAAAACAUAAGACUUGAAGCUGAAAUCCAGGAACCCUUUAUCAAUGGCAUGAAAGGGAGGAGCACCACAAAGGUUUUGGCUGUUUCCUACCAAACAGCACUCCUGGACUGCAGAGUGGGGGGAAAACCUGAACCAAGAGUCUGGUGGGUUACUCCUUACGGCCACUCACUUCCAACACCCUACCUAGGCGGUCGCUUCCAAGUCCACAGGAAUGGGAGCUUGGAGCUGAGAGGGGUGAGGAAAACAGAUGAAGGGAGGUACAUGUGUGUCGCUAAAAACAAUCUGGGUGAAGCCUCACUUUUGGUUGAAUUAGACGUGGCAUCAAUAGCGGAGAAACCAAGUUUUGCUGUUCCCAAUAUUGAAAUCUUACCAAUAAAGCAAGACAGUGGGGCAUUGAUGCUGGAGUGCCCUGCUCGUGGAAAGCCAAACCCAGAGUUUGCAUGGAUUUUACCCAAUGGCAUGAUGUUAACACCUGGUGUAAGAGUCCAACACUUCACACAUCAUCUUGGUAACGGAACUCUGCAGAUCUCUCAACCGGUUGCAAGUGAUAAGGGAGUGUACCGGUGCAUAGCAAAAAAUGUGGCAGGGCAAGCAGAGAAACGUUAUUCACUGGAGGCGGGCAGAAAGCCAGUGAUCCGAGGAUCUACAGGUGGAAUGCAGAUCACUUACGGCCUCAACCUCAAUUUACCCUGCACUGUGGAUGGCUGGCCCCAGGCGUCAAUCACAUGGACCCUUCCCAAUGGUCUUGUGUUGGACAAACCUCAAACCAUUGGCCGGUUAUCUUUUCUUGCCAAUGGGACCCUCCAACUCAGACAGGUCGCCACCUUUGACAAAGGAACAUACAUUUGUAAGGCCUCUAACUCUUUUGGAUCUUCAACACUAUCCUACCCAGUUGCAGUGAUGGUUUUCCCACCACGUAUCGCCAGUUCACUGACCUCAAUUACAAGAGUCAACCGGGGAUCACCAGUGAAGUUAAAUUGUGUUGCAAAUGGUAUUCCCAAGCCGGAUAUUUCAUGGACGUUGCCUGGACGUACAACGCUUGUUCCGCAUAACCGGUUUACAGUGCAAGGAGGGAUUCACAUGACAGAGGAGGGCAGUCUGGUCAUACAGAACCCUAUGCUCAUGAACUCUGGCAUUUACAAAUGCAAUGCUAAAAACGCACUUGGAACAGACUUUAAAUCCACUUACCUGCAAGUGGUCUGAGUGACAGUUUUAAUUAUUCUUUUGGAAUGUGUCACAGCAGAAUUAAGACUGGAUGAGGACUUUUCCAUCAGGAUUUGAAUAUUCUGCAAAAUAAAGAUACCCUGGAGAGAGACCUAAAACUGCCUGAUUGGCAGCUUGCCUUAAAACACUUUGCAAAGAGGUUUCCACGGAACAAUGUUUUUUCAAAUAUGGACUUUACAUACUUUGGUGAUCACCUUUUUUGUUUAUUUUAUGGUGCAUAUGUUGCAGAUGUCUUUUUCUUAUACAUUAUGGACCUUAAAAUGUAUUUUCACUUGUUAAAGUGAAUGUUAAAGUGUGCUUUGAACUCACUGCUCAAAGCGUUGUUUUUCCGGCCACGAAUUUUUGAUUCCCGGGAAAGGGCAUGACCCGCCUUACUCUGCCUUUCCUUAAUGCUAACCAAUGUCACUCCUCUUGCCUAAACCUAACCAAGCCAACCAACUAAGAUGAUAAGUACUUGCCAGUCAGAGGGAGAGUAUGCCUUUGCGAUCUUAAGGAAACAGAAAUUUGCUCUCUUGCUUUACACUGUAGAUGUAAUUUGACAUUUCCCAUACAGCAUUAGAAGUUGUAAAAUGUAACCUCACAGUACAAUUUUUCUUAAGCAUGACAAUGUUUGUUCUGCAACUGAAAUAACUUAAGACUUCUCUCUGGAGAUUGAUGUGUAAUGUGUUCCACUUAUAUAAUUAUUAUUGUCUUUGUGCUGGUAGAAUUACAUUUUACAGUGAUUUCAUAUCUAUACAGCAUUACUCACAUCUCAAAAUAGACACCUAAGUAAACACCAAAGAAUUUUUUCCCUGUGAACUUUACAGUAAAAUUUCACCACCUUACAGUUCAUUAACAAGCAGUACUAAGAAGUGGAGUGUCAUUAUUCUUGAACAUGAGUAUGUCUUUAACUAUUUUACUCAUGUGCUUAUGAUGUGCCAUCUUUAUGAACUUUAAGUGAGCAAUGACUCUUCUAUAAGGAUAAAAAAGGCACCUAUUACUGCUCUACAUUGUGUAUCAGUGAAUUAAUUACUGUAUGUAUCAAUGUCAU